GCAAGUUGUUUGUUCCAGCGAGCACCAGCUGCUCGGCACUCCGGGCUCCGCUGCCUCCCUGCCCGGCUCCGCUCCGCGCCCCGCCGGCCUCCCCCGCCGGUCCAACUUUUGCACCCUCUGCUCCCUCAUCCCCCACCCCCCCGCCCCCGGAGCCGGGAAGGGGGAGAAGGAGCCGGGGGGAGGGAAAAAAAAAAAAAAAAAAAAGGCACCGACAAUAACAGCCCCCCUCCCCCUCCCCAUUCAAAAACACAAAAUAAACCCCAGGGAUAGAUGAACUACAAAUGAGAAAGAGGAAAAGAUGGAACUGCACAUCCUAGAGCACAGGCUCAGAGUGGCCAGCAUAGCCAAGGAGAGCAUCCAGUUGUUUACCUAUGGAUUAAUCAAACUUGCUUUCCUGUCCUCCAAGACGAGGUGCAAGUUCUUCAGCCUCACUGAAACCCCAGAGGACUACACCAUCAUUGUGGAUGAAGAGGGCUUCCUAGGUUUGGCUGAAAGCAGGAGCUGCCUGUGCGUGGAAGCAGUUGCUGACAUUGCAGUCCUGUCCUGGAGAUGCCAUCUGAAUAAAAUAAUGGGUUUUGGGGGUAGCAACGUUCCUCCAGUGGCACUCCCAACAGCUGUCGCAUCGCAGUUUCUGUACCAUAUAUCCAGAGAGCCUUUUAUUGGAGAGCUCCCUUCCUCGGAACACUUGAGCGUGGCCGAUGCAACAUGGCUUGCCCUCAAUGUGGUGUCUGGUGGAGGUGGCUUCUCCGGCUCCCAACCCAUCGGAGUGACCAAAAUUGCCAAGUCAGUAAUAGCACCACUAGCUGACCAAAACAUCUCAGUGUUCAUGCUCUCCACCUAUCAGACGGACUUCAUCCUGGUACGUGAACGAGACCUGCCCUUUGUGAUGCACACGCUGGCUGCUGAGUUCACCAUCCUCAGAGUAGUGAAUGGGGAGACAGUGGCUGCCGACGACCUUGGGAUAACAAAUGGAUUUGUCAAACCAAAACUAGUUCAGAGGCCUGUCAUUCAUCCCCUUUCAAGUCCGAGUAAUAUGUUCUGCGUCACCAGCCUGGAUCCAGAUACCCUUCCCACUGUUGCUACGCUCCUAAUGGAUGUCAUGUUUUACUCCAAUGGAGUAAAAGACUCGGUGGUGGGCAACGAAGACUCGGGACAUAUUCGCUUUUUCUCCUUUUCUCUCAUUGAGGGUUACAUCUCCUUGGUCAUGGAUGUCCAGACACAGCAGAGAUUUCCUAAUAAUUUGUUGUUUACAAGUGCAUCUGGCGAACUCUGGAAGAUGGUGCGGAUUGGUGGGCAGCCUCUUGGCUUUGAUGAAUGUGGAAUUGUCGCUCAGAUUUCUGAGCCUUUGGCUGCAGCCGACAUCCCAGCCUACUACAUCAGUACUUUUAAGUUUGAUCACGCAUUGGUACCUGAAGAAAAUAUAAACGGUGUGGUCAACGCACUCCAAGUCAGUCAAGCUGAAAAGCAUUAGAAAUCUUCUGAGCUGGUUCCAGAUGCUUUUUAUUAUUAUAAUUAUUAUUAUUAUUAUUAUAAUUAUUAUUAUUAUUAUUCUUUUUUUCUCACAGUAUUUCUUGAAAAAUCUGAUUCCAGAGAGUGACAUGAAAAGAGACUGUGGAAAGUUGAGCAGAAACAGCUCCAAUAAGCCUUUGUUUUAAUUAUUAUUAUUAUUGUUAUUUUAUUAAAUUUAUGAAUGAGGGGCAGGAGGAAAGGGAGUUCAGGUGGUUUCCUAACGUUCAGCUCCAAGGUGAAGUGUAACCUGCCUGCGUUCUCGGUGUGGAAGGAGCUGCCAGGGGACACCCAUCUCUCCCCAAAGCGCGGCAGCGUGUAUGGCCGCAUGCACAGGCGCUCUGCCGAGAGCUUCGCAGCGCGGCUGGGAUGGAUGGGCCGCUUGCUCAGAGAGAACCCGGAAAACCGUAAACGAAAUGAAACGUGGAAUUAAACAGAAAAGACGUCGCGUGCUGGCUUGUCUCCUCGCAUCAGACUUUCUGAGGACUGUCCGUCAUUGCCUAUGUUGAGAUAGGAUGAGAAUUGGGUUCUGUUUCCCCUGACAAAACUGUUUGGCGUUGGAAAAGGGGCAAAUAUCCAGUUGUUUGAAUUUUCCCCUUUUCCCUUUCUCCCUGCAGUCAAAGCCUGGCUGCUCCGAGAAAGCCUGGGCAGAGGGAGCAUUGCUCUGGCCCACCUUCUGGCAGGCGGCGUCACCAAGACUUCUGUCUGCAUUGAAACUUGGCCGGUUUAGCUCAGUUUUCUCCAGUCAGCCUCCCACUGCCCCCAGUGUCCUCCUGCCAUGUCCCCAGCUCCAGGCAGCUGCUGUCCCCUCACCCCCACACCAGAGCCAUCCCCAAGCCCUUGUCAUCCAGGGCCAGCAAGAGGAGGGAGGCAUCUUUCCUCCUGUCCCCUCGGGCUUUGUCCCAUCCACUUUGUACACAUUCACGGGGACACGAAGGAUUGCCCGGGGUCCCUGGGUAGCUGCUCCUGGGCAUCCUGGGCCACCUCGGCCAGGAGCCGCUGGGGGUUGUCCCCACCAGGGCCAGGAGGUGCCCAAGCCCUGCUGGGACCCUCCUGCAGUUUUUCAACAGCUCCUUCGUCACCAGGGUGGAAAUCGUUGCCAGCUGGGGUCUUGACUCCCAGGGGUUUUCCAUUGGGUUCAGCGGGCAGCCCUUUUGAAAGCAGAACGCUGCUGAAAAUGCAUAAAACUGGAGGUGUUUCCUUCUGGUCCUGUUGCGGGAAGGUGAUGUGGGCUCUUCCCGUGGGGCAGCAGGAGAGUGUUCGCUCCUGGCUUGCACCAAAGCUGCAGGCCAGCGGGAGCCCUGCGUCGGGGCCCGUGGUGGCACCUGCCUCCGAAUCGCGCCCGCGGCCGCUCCCAGCACCGUGGAGGACGGCGGGGACUGGUGCUGGGAGAGCAAGCAUCACCCAAGAUGUAGGUACCAGCAGUUCUGCACCGUGCUGUGACCGUGCAGUGAGGGGUGGUGAAAAGGAGAAGCCGUCUGCAGGGGACUCUGCUUUUACAGUUAGGAGCCCGAGUAUACCUUGCAUUUGUAGACUUCUUCCCAUUUCAUUUUUUACAUGAAGAAAUUACAGGUCUUACAGUUUUCAUGAGGGCUUUCCAGCUUUGCUUAAGAGACAGCCUCUAGCAUGAUUUUCCUGAGGCUGUGUCUUGCAGGUUUAAGCCAGGGUUUUGCAUUAAUCUGGAGACAGUAAGCAAGCACCUGAGAUCACGCCACAGGCAUGGUUUAUACUGGUGGGUAGGACUUGCAAACACACGCACUGACUUACAGCUCGCUGUUUAGUUCUCCAUUCACAGUGCUAGAUGGCUGAGCUUAACAUUUGUGGUUUCUGGUGCUGCUGGACCCAGACACUGAGUUUCAAAUCUUUCUGAUUUUUCAUCAGUGGGUUGUUGUAUGGCAGCUAGACAGGGAAUCAGAGCAUCCACAGGAAAAAACAUGGGUAACUUUCCUUUGUAGGACCUAACUGAGUUAAAGCAUCCCUGCUGAGAAACACUUAGGCACAUGUUUAAUACUUUACCAAACAGUAUGUUUUGCUGUUCAUUUACAUGGGUUUUCAGAAUUGCCCCAUGAUAUGUUAUAUUUGCUCCAGAUUUCUGGAGUGAAGGUUUAUUCCAGGUGUGGCACCAUGCGUCUCUGGAUGUUUGCUUGGAAAGAUGCUUUGGUCUCCUGCCACAUGCCGUAAGGAUGCAAGCACAGGCUGUGUGGUGCAAUAUUUAAAAGCACUCGGAGAUGUUCUGUGUGAAUCUGCACAACGUCGUUCGCAGUGGGCUGAGCUGAUGGAUGCAGCAGGGUGGUCAGUAGCUUUUUCCCACGUAAAUUGUUGAAGGGUUUCUCCUUGGGAUGGCAGAUUGGGGUGUUUGUAGGACUGUGCAGGAUUGUUUUGGAGAGGGAUACCAGCACAUUCAUUGGUGUACAGCUACUGAGUUGCCAGCCAGGCUUUCUGGUCGGCUGAGUUGAGCCUGAGCUUUCCCUGUGUGCGUGGACAGGGUCUUCUCUGUGCUCCUGGGUUUUGUCAGCCAUUGGAAAAUUACUAUUUAGCCACUUUCUGCAUCAGAGAGCAACAUGCACUGCUCUCCAUGUGUGCUAGUGCUGCUUUCUAAGGACCGCGAUAUGUAUGGUAAGGAAUUACUUGAAACAAGCAACAACUUUACUGAGCCUUAAGAGAAAGCGAAAAAAACAGGUUUGUUGUUUUUUUUUUUUUUAACUUUGCACUCAGGCUAUUUUAGAGGCUGAUUUUUUAAUUUAAAUUUUUCACUUUUUUCCCCAAGGGAGUCAGCCUUAAAUUUCUGAAAUCUGUAGAAGUCUUUGGGGUGUUUCAAAACUUCACAAAGCAGGUUGAUGUCCUGGCACGAGAAAGUUAGCCUGAAAAAUUCACAAGGUGUAAAAUGCCAUUGAGGGACUCUCUGUCUCUCCCAUCAUCCUCAGCUUCACCUUUUUAUUUCCUCUCUCGUUUUGCCCUGAGAACCAAGAACAUUGUUUCAGACAACUUGGGAUAGUUUGAUGCUUUCCCUUGAGUGUUCCCUGCAUUGCUUUGCUGGUGAGAACUGAGAUACUCUGAAUUUAGCCAGAAUUGGUUGAACCUUGAACCCAAACCCUGGGGAAGGGCACUCCAGCAUGCGGUGGGGAUCAGUGCAAACUUGCACAGUGGUGUUGCUUGUGAGACAUUCACUGCAUAAGGCAGGAAGGGGUCUGUAGGGGCUUUGUUAAAAAAAAUUAAUAGUAAUAAUAAUAAUAUAACACCACAGCGCUUAAUGAGCCCAAAGCAGUGGCUCUUAAAGCUGCUCAACAGCUCCCACUCUUCUGGCACCUGGCCUUUGGGGUGGGGAAAAAUUGAAGGGUCUUUUAUUUUUUUUUAAAUGCCUUAUGAUAAUAAUGUCUCUGAGCAUCCCUGGCAUUGUGCUGUUUAACACUGUGUGUAUAAAAGGAGGAACAUGUCUUAGUGGGAUGCCCUUCGGCUGGGCAUCUGCAUCACUGAAAGCCCGGGUUACCUGUCAGCCACCCGCGCUGCCCCGAGCGUCCCUGCUCGGCUGGCUGGAGAGUUUCACCUGGUCGUGGCUGCUGCUAAUCAGGGAUCACCUUAACGCUGCAGGACCCUCCCCGUGCCCUCUCGGUUCCUCUCGUUGCACAAAAAUUCACCAAACGGCGAAAUGCAAAAAGCGUUUCCAGCCCUGCAAGGAGGGGUGGGCAGGGAAGGAGAACGUAGCCCUCCCACCCCCCCCUUGUUUCUCUGAGGCCUUUGUUUUCUUAGGAAUUUCAACCUUUCUUAUGUUGUGUGUGUUACUACGUAGGUUUUUGUCUUUUUUCCCCCAUCCCAAUUAGAUUUUGGCUACAAAUUCCCUUCUACUGUGCAAGUGUGUGCAUAUGUUCAUAUAAUUGUAUAGUGUUUACAUAGAAAUACUUAGUAUGUCUCUAUUGUACACAUAUAUAAAUACCUGUGUUUUACGUUUGUAUGGCUAUAUGCUGUACAUAGCAUAUAUACUUGAGCAAUAUAGGUUAAUAUAUACUGUGUGAGUACAUGUGUGUAUACUCUAGGCACACACUCUGUGUGCGUAUAUAUAUGUAGUAAGUGCUAUAUACACACAUUUAUUCACCAUAUAUUUUUAAUUCAAGUAUAUAGGCAAUAUGAAUACUUAGUUACGCUCUUGGGAUUUCUCUACGCAUUUUUAGCGAAGAGCGGCAGUGAAGCUGACCUGGAGCAAAGCUGUGGCUCCUCUGCUUGCUGUGAGUAGGCAGAGACCCACGCUGAUUCACAGCAUCGGGUUUUCCUGCCUGCUUCCGAAACACCCUGUUCCUCUUCAGUUUGGUGCCUCCAGCACAGAGACUGUAGGGAAGUUGUUUCUUUUUCUUUAUAUAUAUUUUAGUUGCUGCUCUGAAUUGCUUCAGCCUGUAAGUAGUGAGGGUUCAUUUGCAAAGUGCCUGCCCAGAGCCUGGCUGGGGGGUUUGCAAUGGGGCUUCCAGUUCCCGCAAGCACCGAGCCGGUGCCUGUGCCGCCUGCCUUUCCCCAGCCAAGGCUGGCUCUGGGCACCGGCCGUGGGGAGCAUCUCCUGAACCUCCUGCCUGUGAGGUCUUCGAGGUGGCCUGGGCAUGUCACUGCAUUUCCUCCAGAGCCGGUUCGUGGUGGUCUUGCCCAGCAUCUCCGCACGAGGCUGUGGGUGCUUGCUGCGGCUGCGUGAUUUCCCAGUAGAUGUGUCUGCUGGUGGCUCGGUGGCCAGAAGGCAACCCAUGGCUGACGCAGAGCUCUGGUAUUUAUUGGGAAACUCGCAUUUGUUGGUCUGUGAGGAGCUUAAAUUGGGGGGUUAUUUUUAAAGAGAUGGACGUGUUGGAGUGUCUUUUCCUGUUAAGAGUAGGAGAGGCUGUUUGAACCCGGCCAUUGGAAGUGUGUGGUUUUUGCAUCUCGUCAUCAGAGUUUCCUGCUGACCAGCAGUGCUGUUAGGGUCCAGGUGGGGAAAGGUUUUUACCCAAAUCAUCCUCUGUUUUGAUACUUUGGUUAUGCUUCACCAAAUGCAGUGGGAGUGCUGCCUUGCAGCUGACCUUUCGGCACUUUCAGGUUGCUGAUUUUCAGUCUGGCCCAUAAAUGCCUCCUGGCACAGGUUUGUGCAGCUUUCCGUUUCUUUUCAGACGUUGAAGUCAGUUUGGUUUGCAGUUGAUAGAAUUUCUGAAAUACUGUGCUUUAAGUGACAUGUAUUAAUCUGUCUUGCGUAGGGAGGCCUUAAUGGAAGUAUUUGGGUUUGCUGGAGCACAGAGAUCGUGGCACCUGCAGUCGGUGACAUUAGUGUUAAGACUUACUUAAUGGCAGUGCCAUUUAUAAAGAGCAUUCAUCAUAUAAACAUCAUGCUGCUGCUUCAAAAUGUAUUUUUAACUCCAAGCUCAGUGUUACCAUUCCCAGGGGCACAGGUAGGGAAUGCUGUUGGUCAGAGAUGAGUCAACCCUCGUCUGUAAGAAAAAACUUGUUGGUGUCAGACCCUGCUUGUGGGGUUGCAAAUGGCACCGAGCAGUGAUUUGCUCUUUUAAGACAUGCCAUGCAGAGCAGGCGUGGGGAUUUUCAGGACUGACACUUGAAGGAAAAUGUUACUGGAAGGUCAUGAUUGCUUUAGCCAAGAAAAGCAUCCAAUAGAAGUUUAUCAGGUUUAAUUUUUCUGAAGCGUGAUGUUUUGUCCUGCAGGUGCUGGGAGGGAAACAAGGCAGCGCGAUGCAGGGGGCACGUAGCAGAGGAGGUUGCUCGGUGAGCACUCAGUUGUUUUCCUGAUGCUCUUGAUGCUCUCAGCAGCGUGCAAACACCUGAGAGACGCAAGGCAGAAAGCAGCUCUGCUUGGAGACUACAGUGGUGCGUGCGAUGCACUUGCAGGGGCUGGAUUUGCCAUCCUCAGGCGUGAGCUCCCAACACAUUCCCCCACCAGCUGCCCUGCGUGGGGACCUGUUGUCUCACAGUGUAUCCGGGGGACAACGGUUUAAUAGCGUGACUCUGACAUCCCGUGAAGGUAGGGAAGCUCUUUGGGACGUUAAAGCCUAAAUCAUGUAUGCUUGAUCAGAGUCUGGCUCUGAAAGAAGCCAUUUCCCGUCUGUCUUAGCUUUGCUGUACAAUGCUUGAAUUUGCUUCUGUUAGAAAGGGGGCAACCUCCCUGGUGGAAGCUAAUGCAGCCGUUACGGCCCCAGCUGCAGAAGGGCCAUGGCUUCAGUCCGUGCUGACUUGCAGCAGCUGUGGUGUCGGCCCCAGCUUCUCUAUUCCUGUGAGCAUCCCUCUUUCUGUCUCGACUGUUUCCCGCGCAUCUCUGUGGUAUGGCAGUAAGGGGUCUGCAGAGGUCCCUGUUAGUGGACAGGCGUGGAAAGGCAGGGAGAGCUGGAGUACCAAGUGAUGCAAAGUAAUUAUUUUUUUCUUUUGUAGUUGUGCAAAUAUGAAUGUACGUGGUUUUGCUCGUUGUUGUUGUUGUGAGCACAAAA